CACAAUUCCUUAGUUCUUGAAAAACAAAAACAACAUACACGCUGUCAGCCAGUAGACGGGAGUGAGACGUCAGAGAAUAUGGCGUCGGUUUAGGUUACUGGCUCUUGUCUGGUCCCCCCCCCCUUAAGGCAGCGCUCAUUACACAAGAGGAGCAACAGAGGGACUCAGAGGACUCAGAGGGACUCGCAUUACAGCACGUACAGUGCAAGGCUAGGGUAUGCGCUAUUUUACGAUAGACCGAUCACUGGGGUAGCUACGUUAGUCUAUCAGUGCACCGCAUUAAUGAAACCAAGAGGAGAUAAUUGUUCACAGGAUUAGCUAGCUUUAGUUUCUGAAGUGUGGUUUUUGAAGUCAGCCCUUCUUAGUCUUCUUCCCCUUGACUUUCGGAUUGCAACAUGAGUUCUUGAAAUUGGCGACCAUUCUGUUUGUGUCAUUUGUGCUCUACACUUUUAUUUCCCUUCUGUCUGACACGGCUUGCAAGAUAACUUAAAUGUCGGAUAAUCAGAGUUGGAAUUCGUCGGGCUCAGAUGAGGACUUGGACACUGAGUCAGGACAGCCUGUUGAGUUCGGUGGGAUCCUCAGCAAGUGGACCAAUUACAUCCACGGGUGGCAGGACCGCUGGGUCGUGAUGAAGAACAACACGCUCAGCUAUUACAAGUCUGAGGACGAGCGGGAGUACGGCUGCCGGGGCUCACUGUGCCUGAGCAAGGCUGUCAUUACGCCCCACGAGUUUGACGAGUGCCGGAUCGACAUCAGUGUGAAUGACAGUUUAUGGUACCUGCGGGCCCAAGACCCAGAACAUCGGCAGCAGUGGAUCAACUCCAUCGAGCUGCACAAGGCAGAAUCAGGCUAUGGGUCGGAGUCCAGUCUUCGGCGUCAUGGCUCCCUCCUCUCCCUCACCUCAGCGGCGAGCGGCUAUUCCGCUACCUCAACCUCCUCCUUUAAGAAAGGACACAGUUUACGGGAGAAGCUGGCGGAGAUGGAGACCUUCCGGGACAUUCUCUGCAGACAGGUGGACACACUGCAGAAGUACUUUGACGUCUGUGCCGACUGCGUGUCCAAAGACGAGCUCCAGAGGGAUAAAGUCGUGGAAGAUGAUGAGGAUGGCUUUCCAAACACUCGUCCGGAUGGCGAUAAUUUUCACAACCACAACGACGGCAAAGAGAAACUGUCUCCGAGCACAAGCCUCAGAGGAGUCAAUGGGAUCGACUUUAAGGGCGAGGCCAUCACGUUUAAGGCCACGACGGCCGGGAUCCUAUCCACACUCUCCCACUGCAUCGAGCUCAUGGUGAAGAGAGAGGACAACUGGCAGAAAAGACUGGACAAGCAGAGCUGUGAGCGGAGUGUGGGAACGCAGGAGAGCGGAGGCAGAGGUGGCGGAUUUUGCGACAGCAGGAGCUCAGACGCCGGUCAGAACCAGUCUCCCCGCGUCUCCUUGCUCCCCGGCCGGAGGAUGAGGAAGAGCUCUUCGUCGGCGAGCUGGUCCACGUACGGGCUGCGCUUCUGGAGCCCCAAGCUGCACUGGGUGUCACCGUCUCCGCAGAGUGACAAGCAGAAGUGGAUCCCGCUGCGCGCUGAGAGCGGCGUGUGCGCUGAGAUGGAGAAAAGGCGACGAGUAGAGGAUGCCUAUAAGACCGCCAUGGCAGAACUGAAAAAGAAAUCGCACUUUGGAGGCCCUGAUUAUGAAGAAGGUCCAAACAGCCUCAUUAAUGAAGACGAGUUCUUUGAUGCAGUUGAAGCCGCCCUGGACAGACAGGACAAGAUGGAGGAGCAGACCCAGUCGGAGAAGUCCAGGACACACCGGCCCGCCCCCGCUCCCUCGGGAGACGUGUACUGCUCCGUCGGUACUCACCGCUUCGCCCCGAAGCCCCGUAGCUGCUCUACUAUUGAUCUAGUCAGUGCCUCUGACGCUCACAGAUUCAGCGCACAGGUGGAGGAGAUGGUGCAGAAUCACAUGACCUACUCACUGCAGGAUGUGGGCGGAGAUGCCAACUGGCAGCUGGUGGUGGAGGAGGGCGAGAUGAAGGUGUACAGGAGAGAGGUGGAGGAGAACGGUAUCGUUCUGGACCCUCUGAAAGCCACACACGCAGUCAAGGGUGUGACCGGCCACGAGGUCUGCCACUAUUUCUGGAACACGGAGGUCCGGAACGACUGGGAGACGACCAUUGAAAACUUCCACGUCGUGGAGACGCUCUCAGACAACGCAAUCAUCGUCUACCAGACACAUAAGAGAGUGUGGCCGGCCUCCCAAAGGGAUGUUCUGUACCUGUCCGCAAUCCGCAAAAUCCUGGCCAACAACGAGAACGACCCUGAUACUUGGCUUGUCUGCAACUUUUCUGUAGAUCAUGACGGUGCCCUUCCCACAAACAGAUGUGUCCGUGCCAAAAUUAACGUGGCCAUGAUCUGCCAGACCCUGGUCAGCCCACCAGAGGGCGACAAAGAGAUCAGCAGAGACAACAUCCUCUGCAGAAUCACCUACGUCGCUAACGUGAAUCCGGGCGGAUGGGCUCCUGCCUCAGUUCUCCGAGCUGUGGCCAAACGGGAAUACCCCAAAUUCCUCAAGCGCUUCACCUCCUACGUCCAGGAAAAGACUGCGGACAAGCCCAUCCUGUUCUGAGGCGAACAGCAUCCCAGCAGCAGCGACUGGGCGGCUGACAUGGAGAGAGAGCAGGAGAGCGAGCGUGCAAGUCUGGGCUGAGCACACAUUCCAGAGGGGAGGUCCCGCAGCAGCAGAGGCUCCACCUCAUGCCCCGCCCCCUCUCCAGGCUGAUCAGCCAAUCACUACCAGUGCGGCUCACACAGGCCACACCCCCUCGCGAGCUUGGCACUGGACAGAGAUGCGGCUUUGAGGCCGAGUUCAUCAGUUGCACACGAGUUAUUACUGUAAUCCCCACGCUGGGUUAAACAGUAGUAUCCAAGUUAUUACUGUAAUCCCCACGCUGGGUUAAACAGUAGUAUCCAAGUUAUUACUGUAAUCCCCACGCUGGGUUAAACAGUAGCACACAAGUUAUUACUGUAAUCCCCAUGCUGGGUUAAACAGUAGCACACACGUUAUCGCUGGAGUCCAGCAAUGAUGGCCAAACAGAUUUGGUUUUUAUAGCCAGAAGUGUUUUUGGUUUAUAGAGCCAAACUUCAUUUUGGUUUUGAUGGCCAAACUUUUUUUUUUCUUUUUUUUUUUUUUUUGGUCCGUUUGGUUUUGUUUCCUGUUGAAACUUUAUACAGCAAAUUUUUUAGAUAAAAUCUAAGCCUUUUUGUAAAGGUACACUUGUAAUAAUAAUUUGUUUUAAUGGUUCUUGUUUUGUCUGUUAGUUUGCUCUAAUCGCUGAUCUCAUGGCUUAUAUUAAUGCUGCUGAAUUCUCUAAAAAUGAGAAGAAACAAGCGGUUGUUUGCUCUUCUUGCUUAUUGUUGAGGGCUCCUUUUGAGAGAUGACCUUUGACCUUUUCAUCUCCUCUCUGGUGAAGACCACUCACUGGCUCUGAUGGAGAGAGUAUGAAAAGCUUCCAGAGUGAUCUAUAUUUCUACCUGCUUUCAGCUCUAAAUGUGUUAUAAACAGGUGAUUUGAAAAAGCAAAAUGACACAACAGGCUGGAGAGAAUGCAAGUGAGAAAUUAGCAGCACACAUCUUAAACCUUUGGAUGUACUUGCUUGUGUACCGCUUGUGUUCUCUGUCAGCGCAGCAUAACAUCAGCUGUCUGACCUCCUUACAGCCACCUGACAUAUUGCCAGCUUAUCAUUGGCUGUUUAACGGACGUACAGAAUGUACUGAAAGCUGUCGUUCCUCCCUGUUGGCUGAAUUCUGUUAAGAAUGGCCAGAUUGCCUGAUCUGUAUACGGUUUUAUAAAACACAUAGUCCCAUAUUUCAGGGCACCUUAAUAUUUGGGACAGCAAGUUUAUUUAUUUUGUGGUAUAUCCUUUGCAUGCCAUGACUUGCCUGAUGUCUGUGACCUAUCAACAUAAUCAGAGUCUGGAUAUCUUAUUUUCAAGUAGACCUACAAGCGAUACUACAAUUAUUUGUAUUUGAAUGGAGCUCUAUGGGAAUUAGGGAGUGGGACUAGAUUCAGCUGUAACUCAUUUGUUGGCUAAAUGGCUUUGAAGGAGCUAAAUAGAGUGGUUGAAUGUGACACUUGCCAGUUGUCUUUAGGCAACGACAAAAAAAAUGUGCAUCAUUUUCUCAUUAUUCAGUAAUUUAAAUAUAUUUUAAAACUUAAAAAAACUUUUCUAAGCCUGGGCGUGGUCAAUUCGCUAUGAUUGACAGAUCGUGCUCCCACUUACCACACACUAGCUAUAUCCAUGACAAGCGCUCAUCUUAGGAGACUGAAUUUUCAAUUUAUCAACUAUCGAUAGCUAAGGUAAGGACGCUGACUUAUCCAAUGAUCAUUUUUGCUGGCUAGCUAGCCAAGUUAAGAAAAAAACACAAGUAUAACGCCCUUAUGAAAGCAAACUAGCUAGCUAACGUUAUCGAUAACGCCACCUUAUGAAGGCAAACUAGCUAGCUAGCUAAAUGGAUAUAACCAGAAAUGGUCCAAUAAUCCUUAAAAGCCACUGUAAUUUAAGCGAACCUAGUCAAAUAUUAUCAUUGUCUUGCCUGGAGGCCAGCGGCGCAAACAAUGGCUAACGAGUCAUAGGGAAGAGAUAAGGGGAGUGGUUAUCCUCGUAUGACGCAUACGACAUUCUCAAACUGGUGAAAAUGGGAGGAUACGUUUAAAACGCUUAUUUGACCAAAACUGAAGAAUGGACAUAUUUAAUACAUUUAAUCGUUUUUCUCCAGUGCCCUGUUGUGCAAAUUGCAUAUAAAAACCUGGAAAGUGUGACCAACCACCAAGUUUAAGUCCAAGGUGUCAAAUGAGCCUCAAACCACCGUGCUGCUGCCAUAUAUGCAGUAUCUACUGCAUAUCUGGCAACAGCAUGAUGGUUUGAAGCUCAUUUUAUAACUUGGAACCAUUUAUGUGUACCAAACGUUAUGGUGUCCUGAAAUGGGGGGUUUCACCAUGUAAUUUCUUCAUGGUAAAAGCAAAAUGGAUUAAAAAAAUAAUGAAGCUUUACUCAAAUCUGACAAUGCACACUUUAACCACAUUAUUUUUUUUCUAACAAAUCUCAAAUUGUGGAGUACAGAGGCAAAUAAACAAAUAAUGGGUCUUUGUCCCAAACGUUAUGGAGGGCACUGUAUAUUCAGUUCAUAUACAGGAUCUCUAUGACUACCUGUUCAAUUUGCAUGAGAAGCAUCCUAGUCUUAACCUCAGCCUUAACUUCACACUUAACCUCAGUCUUAACCCCAGGUAAUAUGAUCUGAAACUGGCUACUUCUAGCAAAAAGACUUAGUCCAGACAGGAAAAGCUAGUGUGUUUUUAGCUUUUAUGAUUUUGUUCAAAUUCACAUUUUUGAAGUUAUUAGAAGGUGGGGGGUGACUUUUCACUUGACAUACCCUGCGGCAGAUUUUUCAUUCAGCAUUGUGACUUCGCAAUCAGCAGGGGGAGUCCCUGUAGCUGUGAGACUCUUCAGCUACAGUCAGCUCGUAUGCCGAAGGGUGAAAGAAAAUACUGAUCUCUCGCUGAUCAGACAAACAUUUCUAAAACCUGAUACGGACUAAUACAGUUGCUUUUGUGCAUGAAAAAGCACGCUGUGGGAGUGCCUGUGCUUCUUGUGUUUCUGUCUUUAUUCGCAUUUGCACUACAUAUCAUUCAGAAAUGUGAUGUCAUUAAAGUCAUCACACUAAAGAAGCAUUCUGGACCAUACUGUGAAAAUGGUACUGUACCUCCUGACACUCGAUUUGACAGGACAUUGCCUUGUAUAUGCACGUGCCCAGAACAGACUUUUGAGUCCGCUUAUUCCAAGAUAUUGUACCAGUCGUCCUUUGAAACAGAAACAGCCCUGUUCCCCUCAGAUAAGCCCUCAAACCCGAAUCUGAUGGCACAGAUUAUUUACACAUAUAUGAUAUUUCUGACAUAUGCAUUAGAUAUGUCUGAUGUACACAUUGAAUGGAAGUACAUUUUGGGGAGUGUAUAGACUAAUGUUUUAUAGAAGAUCUAUUCUCAAUUGAAUUCUGUACAAAACCUGUUUCAUGAUGGUAUUGAUCUGUAAAAAAAAAAAAGUGAAUCUGAAUCAAACCAUUAUAAAAUAACAAAAUAGAUUUUUUGGGAGCUUUAGCUCUUUGUUCUCUAAUUGAACAGUAUUUAAAAUUAAAGGGUAUUAAAAGUGUAAAAUUGA